AUGGGAGAACACAAAGAAAAUCUGCUCAAUUAUGAGUCAGAGAAAGUAGAAAUCUUAAGAUUGGUCCAGUCAAAGAGGAACAUUAACAGUUUGAACAUGGACCUUGAAAAGGACAUGCAGAGAAUAGAUGAAGCAAAUCAGGAACUUCUUCUCAAAAUCCACAAGAAAGAAGAUGAUAUUCAGAGGCUGGAAAGUGAAAUCACUCAGACCAGAGACUCAGCAGAAAAUGAAGAGUGGGAGGGGAAUUGCGCCAUGCUGGAAAGGGAAAACGCCUUGCAGGAGCUGGAAGAAGAAACAGCCAGACUUGAAAGGAAGAAUGAGGCUCUGAUCCACAGUAUAGCAGAACUUCAAAGAAAGCUUACAAGGAAAUCAUUUAAGACAACCAAGUGUGAACCAGGCAACCUAAAGGAAACCCCAGAAGAGUCAACGGUUAAGUUACAACAGCUGGAAGCUUCCUGUGCUGACCAAGAGAAGGAACUGACCAAGGUAAUGGAAGACUUUGCGUUUGUGGCCCAGCUCUGUGAAGACCAAGCCCUCUGCAUAAAGAAGUACCAGGAAACUUUGAGGAAAAUAGAAGAAGAAUUAGAGACUCGGUUCCUUGAGAGAGAAGUAUCAAAAGUCUUGAACAUGAACUCUGCAAGAAAAGAGUAUGACAGUCAAAAUAAUAAGGGUGUAGAUUCACAGAAAUUCUCUUGGCUUUCUCUUUUCAGGAUUUUUCGACAUCUCUUUUUCAGCACCCUAUUUUUCAUCAGACUUCUUGGCUACUUGUUUUUCUAUAUAACUUUUAUAAAUCCAGAUGUUCUUAUCAACAUACUGCCCAAGAUACUGAGCAGGGGCAUCUUGUGGAAACUAAGUUGCUUCCUCUUUCCAUCUCUCACGCUUGAGACAGAGGACAUGUUACCGCACUGA